AUGAAACCCGAAUUAGAACAAUUUAUUCUAACUGAAAAGAAGCCUUACUUGCUGACCUUUUUGAUCGAAUACAAACACGAAUUAAUACGACAGUUCAAGUGCGAAAAAACGUUGAAGAAGUGCGCCUUGGACUGCUAUGACGAGCUCUGGCUGAAGCACAACAUCCAAGGCAAUGUAUCAAAAUACAAUAAGGUUGAUAGGCAUGUAUGGAGUGCUUUACUCAAAGUCCGAGAGUCUCCAAAAGAAGAAACUUCCAUUAACCAAAGUACCACCAUCGUACAAGUGACUUCUAGGUCAAAGAAGACUUCUCCUGGUGUUUAUGUCCUUGACUCCAAAAUCAAGGAUAUCCAUCAAUACUCUCUGAAUGAUAUCAGGAAUGGAGCUCUAAUCGCUGGUGUGGAUAUCAAGAGCCAUUUUGUUGAAUACCGAAAAAGGAGCUUGGAGUGUGUUAAAAACCACUCAUUUACCGACCAGCAGCUUUUGUCUUUAUCAAAUAUUGUCAUCCUGUCCCAAUCCACUCCUUUAGAAUUUGUUGACAAGCCCACCUCUGCCUCUGUUUAUGCUUCCCUUACCGCUCCUUUGUUUUCCUCUUUGCCCUCCCUUUCUACCGAUGUCCUCAACCAAAUCAAAUCCGCUUUCACUGCUUAUACCGCCAACAACAAUGCUCUCCUUUUCUCCCGCACACUCAUUAACCUUGCCGAAACCUCCACUGAUCCUAUCCUUGAACCCAUUCUCCUUUCCUUUGUCACACUCGUUUCCGAAAUUGUCCCUUUUACCCUUCAUGAUAUGUCCGAAAUGCAACUCCAGACCUCCUUCAUCCAUCCUUUGAUCCGCGGCCUCACUAAAUCCUCCUCUUCCAUCGUGUCACACUGCUCGAACAAAACGGCCUUUGAAAGUGAGCACUCCAUCUUGCACUGCCGACCCGACUAUCGUGUAGAUGUCUAUACGUCGGCAGGUGUCUAUGAUGGCACCAACAUGUUUGGUGAACUGAAGCCUGCAUCUGCAAGUGCUGAUGAUGUAAAGUGCGACUUUCACAAGUGCAUGAGUUUGGGCAAGGUGGCACUGAAAUACGCCAAAUCCCCCUAUACUAUGACCUUCACCUCAUACCACGACCGCCUUCAUUUCUACCUUCACCACUCCUUAAAUUCCGACUUAACUUAUGCUCUUCAUUUACAUUCCUUAACAGUUCCUUUGACCGCCAACACCUUCCAUUCCUUCAACACCAUGCUCCCUCAACUCUAUCAAAUCGCUCAAAUAUUCCAUUCCUUCUGCAUGCCCUCUAAUUCCGCCUCUCCCAAUUCCGAUUCCUCCGCUACUGUCCCUUACCCAAUCAUUAAAACUUUAAUUAACCAUAAUAAAAAACGAAAAAUUUCUCACUAA